GCUCUGUUAAGUACCCCGCUGGAAGCAACACGUCAUUAUUGGCGAGCUCAAGCAUGGUUCCCUUACUGCUGCAUUCCGUGUGUAAUUUUUGAGGCUCGCAAUAUUGAAUUUGAACGUAAGAUUACAAAAGUACCCGCAAAGUCAAGGAACCACUGUGUAGUCCGUAUAGCAGCGAUGAGGGAAAAUAUAUCACGUUUGACGAGCCUACUUCUCGAUCUUGACGGGCAAUCUGCCGCCUAGUAUGGUGGACGAUAUCAUUAACGCCCGAGGGUUGUAGAGACGUUCUCGACUCGCCGUCGAGAUAUCAACUGAGUCGAAAUUCAACCUCGUAGAUUUUUGUGGAUUCUAUUCUUUGAAACUCGACUGUACAGUAUCGGUGUAAAACUGGCGUCCCGUCCGUUUAUGUCAGAUGAUACGGAAAAAUCGAGCUGCGGAUUUCUUUAGCUCUUCCCCUCCCCAAUCAUCAUGGCCAAUAACUCACAAUCAUCCAUCCCGAAGAGAGUCAACGGCCUCACAAUCCUCCUCGGUAUGGGCAACAUCGGCGACCCAUCCAACUCCCUCGUCCGUUUUCCAACCCCGGAAUCUGCCAAAGCGUUCCUCUCCGCUUUCGCAGAACGUGGCUACCGCCGACUCGACAGUGCAAGAAACUAUCCACCCGGUUCUCCAGAAACGGCCGAACCGGUUAUUGGAGAGGUAUUGAAGUUGAUCAGCAUAGAGCAACAACAGGAAGGAUCAGAAGGAGUCUUAAAGGGCAUCCCAUUCGUCAUCGACUCUAAACUCCGGUAUAGCCCACCGAACACCCAUAGGGAGGAGAUGAUCAAGAAAAGUCUUGCAGACACCUUCAGAGACCUCCGGGUAGACAAAGUCCAUAUUGAAUACCUCCACUCUAUAGACGAAACUUCUGACACCCGAGAAACGUGUCGUGCGAUGGAUGAAGCAUAUAAAGCAGAGAAAUUCGAACAAUUUGGACUUUGUAAUGCUUCCAUAUCUCAACUAGAUCGGUUUUACAACGCGUGCGAGGAGCAAGGGUUGACUAUCCGGCCCACCGCGUAUCAAGGGGAUUAUAAUGUUCUAUCUCGGGAGUGUGAGGAAGACGGGAUUUUGGAGAGGGUUAGAAGUUACGGCAUGUCGUUCUAUGCGUUUAGUCCUGCCGGUGGUGGACUGCUCAAUCCAAGGGAUUAUAGGGAACGGGUUGGGGGUAGGUUUGACGAGAACACGAAAAUGGGUCAAGGAUACCACAGCUUCUGGUACACCUCCCCUUCACUGGUCAAUGCCGCGCAAGCUCUCCGGGACCUAAGCGAAAAGCACAAUAUAGACGGCCAUCAUAUGGCUUUACGCUGGAUAGUCUGGCACUCGCAACUCUCGGGUGAACAUAAUGAUGGGAUCAUAAUGGGAGCAUCGAGCAUCGAGCAACUGAACGCAAAUUUGGAUGCCAUCGAAAGUGGGCCAUUACCAUCCGAUGUGGUUAGAGCGAUUGAGGAUGUUUAUGAGAAAGUGAGAGUUGGAAAGCGGGGUAAUUCGUAGGUCGUACAACUGGCCUAUGUAGGUAUUACUGUACGAACUAAGGAAAUUGAAUUGGACAAAUGACUGAAAUUCUAAGGACAAUCUUCAAGUGUGUUCUCCGAUUAUAGCAAGACCAACAUAGAACCACAGGAAACGACUCCAGAAAUUCAGAUGCCUUGAGAAACCUUGAGCCGAACC